AUGGCCAACGAUGUCCGUUACACCGCUGGUAUGUUCAGCUCCGAUAUUAGCAAAAGUCCCUUCUGGGUUGAAUGGGAGAAACGCUAUGAAGCGAGACAACGCUCUCGGGGUAGCUAUGUCACAGCAGGACAUAGUUUUUGGCUGAAAGACAACAUGGACUACAAGGUGCUAAGCGCGAAGGGUUUGGGGGCCUUUGCCAGCGUAUGGAUGGGCAAAUCAUCAACGGGGCGAAUCCUUGCUGUCAAACGAUAUCAAAAUAGUGGAAACAUCAGAAUCAAGGAACAAGUGCCUCACAUCAUACAGAUUGGAACCCCCCGGGGUGAGACGUCGCCUGGGCCAGGAAUCCCCAGUAUGGUAGAGGUGCCAAUGGAUUAUUAUGAUCGCAACCUCUUCCACCUCAUGAAUGCAACAAAGACAGAACGAGGGCUAAUUGGUGACUUCAUCAUGAUUCCGCCUUGGUACCACACGGUCUUGACUCAAAUCCUUGAAGCCUUGAGAUUCCUGCACAGCAAGGAGAUGAUGGUUAUCCAUCGGGACAUUUGCCCUGAAAACAUUCUCUACAACAAAACCGACCAUUUUAUACUUGCGGGUUUCAGUCUUGCCAGAAUUUACCCUACCCCAAGAGGUGAAUACUGGGACAGAAGGAGUUAUAAAUACCUCGCGCCGGAGGUAUAUGAUGGCCACGAAGAGACUACGGCGAUUGAUGUCUGGGCUAUGGGCAUCUUAUGCUUGGAUAUGAUGAAUCUGCUGCCCAGAGUCACUAUCGAUCCCGCACAACGAAAUUUCCUAUUGUUCAAGCGAGUCGAUUGGUGUGGCAGGAUGCUUGAGCUAGCCCAGCAUAUUGACAAACCAGAAGUGGAGAUGAUGGUAGCGAAAGAUAUCCAUGACAGAUACUCCGCUAAUUCAGUGCUCGAGUUUGUGAGGAGCAGUCCAAGCAGUAAGAGACAACAAAUUCGACCUAGUCUUGGGCUUCUAUAUUCCUUUUUCCGCCAAGAUCCUGAGCUUAGCCACCUUAACAAUCAAGAGAUCCUUGAGUUCGCGGUUGGCUACCUUGAUGAUAGCAACUUUAAGCCUCGGCCCAAGCCUCAGCCCAGUCAAGAAACAGGAGGUUUUCAAGGGGAUGGAAGCCGACGGAGCGCUAGAACAGGUCCUCAGAAUGUGGCGGACAUCCCAGUUGCCAAGCUCCUGGUAUUAGGGGCAGAAAUGGGACUGCUCGGUCUGGACAGCGCACUUGGGAUGCUGGCGUUGACAAGUGCGGGGCGGAUACUACAAGAAGACCGUGGAAGAUCGCUCGGUAUAGCGUCAGCACCAUGUACGACGCCGAGGCCUACAGUACCAACUAGCACAACAGAGACGAGGGCAACAAAACCAGGGCCCGCCGAAAUCAAGACUGGAGCAAAGCCGUCAGGACCGGCGGACGCAGGAUCAAAUGUGGUGCCAUCAACCUCAGUUUCUAAAAGUGACCUUCCCGCUGGCACUUCCAAGGGAGAGCAGCCGGCUCAAAAGGGAGAGCAGCCGGCUCAAAAGGGAGAGCAGCCGGCUCAAAAGGGAGAGCAGCCGGCUCAAAAGGGAGAAGACAAGGCUCAUGGAAGCCCUAAAGCCUCGGAGACCGGAAGGGUUCAAAGUCGGACUCAGGGACAGCUACCCCAGCAACAGCCUAGACAGGAGCAGCGGCAGCAGCAGCAGCAUCCCCAUUCUGACAGCACAUCAGAACCUUCACCCCAACAACUAGGCCAAAGGAGUUCUAGAGGUACUAGGAGAGGAAGGCCUCCUAAUCGUGGGGGAUACAGGUCAUGA